UCUAAUCUCUCUCUCUCUCUCUUUCCAGCCAUAUAAAUACGAUCAACACGAUUCACCUCGGUACCCUGCUCUAGUGUUUGGUAAGUAGUAUCUAGUUAACAACUACGUAGACCACAAAAAGAAAAUCAAUGCUAGAAUCAAAUCCCCCUCUCCUACGGCAUUUUGAAGCGCUUUUGCGCCACCCGGCAGAAAUUCCUGCACUUGAAUGCGAUGAACGGCAAAGUGGAGAAUUCAUGGAGGAAAUCGGCCAGCUGCCACUGAUAGACCUGAACGGUCUAAAAUGUCAUGAUGUGAUGGAGAGGCUAGCUUGCUCUACAAGAAUAUGUAGAGCGUCAUCAGAGUGGGGAUUCUUCCAAGUAAUAAAUCAUGGGAUUAGCUCUGAAUUACUCCGGAAGAUGAAGAGAGAGCAGGUGAAGCUGUUUCAAGCUCCCUUCGAGAUGAAGGUUUCUGGUGGGCUUCUAAAUAAUUCAUAUACAUGGGGAACGACAACAGCUACUUCUCCAAAUCAGUUCUCAUGGUCGGAAGCAUUCCACAUUCCUCUCACAGAGAUUUCGGAAGAAACUUACUAUGGAGAGUACUUCAGCUCUCUAAGGUACAAUCUGAUACUUUCGUUUUCAACGUCUGGCAACAGGGAAGUGAUGAAGGAAUUCGCAGCAGCCAUGUCGAAACUAGCACGAUUACUAGCAGAGAUUCUAUCAGAGAAUUUGGGCAGCCAAAAGGGAGAGCUUGAAGAUCUUUGUGAUGAAAGCACAUGCUUUCUUCGCUUGAAUCGUUAUCCGGCCUGUCAGAUAUCUCCAGAAGUUUUCGGCUUAGUGCCCCACACUGACAGUGAUUUCCUUACAAUACUUUGCCAAGAUCAAGUCGGUGGACUUCAGCUCAAGAAAGGUUCCAAAUGGGUGGCUGUAAAACCUAUCCAAGAUGCACUGCUCGUCAAUAUUGGAGAUCUUUUCCAGGCAUGGAGCAACGAUGUAUAUAAAAGCGUGGAGCACAAGGUGAUGGUUAAUAGGAAGACGGAAAGAUACUCUAUAGCAUACUUCCUUUGCCCUUCCUAUGAUUCUUUGAUUGCCAGUUUUAAAGAACCUUCAAUCUAUAGAAAGUUCACUUUUGGAGAAUACAGGAAAAGAGUUCAAGAGGAUGUCAAAAAAACCGGCUACAAAAUAGGCCUCCAAAGAUUUCUACUUUAGGACCGAUCAUACGGAUAUACGUCCGUACAGUGUCUUAUUUAUGUUGAAGGGAGAAACGUCCUUCGCUACCUAGUCCCAUUAUUUGUACGUUAAAGUUUAUAUAUAUACAUAUAAAGCAAUAAAAGAAAUAUAUUAA